AUGGUGCGCGUAAAGAACCGCUACCUGGUAGUCAACUUCCUAUACCCGGAGCCUCCCGCGAAGAGCAAGACGCAACUUUCGGACGCCAUUCAAAUUCACUCGCCGACGCCCGAUGCCCUUAAGCAGGGUCUUAUCAUACGUAUGAUACGGGACGGUGUUGAAGAGCUGUUUGGCGACUAUGGCUCGGGUAUGGUGUCUUCGGGACUGAAAGUCAAUUAUUGCUCUCCCUCAACCAGCACCGCCAUAAUACGAUGUCCACGAGACCACUACCAAAUGGUCUGGGCAGCCCUCACAUACAUCACUCACCUUCCCAAACCUCUCGAUAUACCUGUCGUGAUAAGAGUCGUGCGGGUUAGUGGUACCAUCAAAAAGGCGGAACAGGAGGUUAUCCGACGGUCACAGCACAUUAUCAAGAGAGCAAGAGCCUGGGAUGGCGCCGGAGAGCUGCCCAUGCUACAGAAAGUGGAGAAGGCAGUUGAUAAAGAGAGGAAAGUGGAGGACGAGGUGCUUGCUAGGAUUGACGACGACAACGAGAGUGAGGACAUGAGCGAGUAG